UUUAUCUCUCUCUCUAAUAUUCACUCGGCCUCCGCAUGGCGCCACCUCGACCGCUUCUCCACCGGCUACCACCUCGCCGACUCCCACGUCUCCGCCGUCUCCAAGGACUACCGCAACCUCGCCGCCGCAUUCGGCCGUUCCGGCCUCUUCGACGACAAAGGCCACGGCGUCCUCCUCUCCCUCCUCUCCAUCUCCGCUGUCGUCUGCGGCGUCCUCCGCAGCGACAGCUUCCUCGUCCACGCCCUCUCCGGCGCCCUCCUCGGCCUCGCCUGGAUGCUGAUCGCCUACCUCGGGCACGAUUCCGGCCACUACAACAUCAUGCCCAAUUCCUCCCUGAACAAGCUCGCGCAGAUCCUCACUGGCAUCAGCAUCGCGUGGUGGAAGUGGACCCACAACGCGCACCAUGUGGCCUGCAACAGCCUCGACUACGACCCCGACCUCCAGCACCUCCCCAUGCUCGCCGUCUCCUCGAAGCUCUUCCACUCUCUCACAUCCCGCUUCUAUGACCGCCGGCUCACCUUCGACUCCCUCUCUAGAUUCUUCGUCAGCUACCAGCACUUCACCUUCUACCCGGUGAUGUGCGUCGCCAAAGUCAAUCUCUACCUCCAGACAUUCCUCCUCUUCUUCUCCAACCGCGGACUGUACGUUCCGAACAGAGCUAUUAACAUCCUGGGGAUCGCCGUCUUCUGGACGUGGUUCCCUCUCCUUGUGUCCUGCCUGCCUAGCUGGACCGAGAGGGCCGUCUUCGUGCUCGUGAGCUUCUGCGUCUGCGCGAUCCAGCACGUGCAGUUCUGCCUCAACCAUUUCGCGGUGAGUGUGUACGUGGGGGCGCCGCAGGGGAACGACUGGUUCGAGAAGCAGAAGAGCAGGACCAUCGACAUCUCGUGCUCGGCAAAAAUGGACUGGUUUUUCGGGGGUCUGCAGUUUCAGCUGGAGCAUCAUCUGUUUCCGAGGCUGCCGAGGUGCCAUUUGAGGAAGAUAUCGCCGUUGGUGAGGGAGCUCUGUGAGAAGCAUGGGCUGCCUUAUGUGAGCCUUAUGGGAGAUGGCUGAUCCUGCUUCCAAGAAUUUGAUAUGGGAAGCUGUCAAUACUCAUGGUUGAUUUCAAAGAAGUUUAUUUGCUUCUUUGACGUCGUCUAUGGCGACGUGGAGACGGGUCUCGGCGGCGGUCCGUGCGGCGGCAGUGGCGGCGGCGGCCUCGAGUUGUGUGGGACGAGGGAAGCGCGGGGACGGAGGUGAAUAUUAGAGAGAGAGAGAAAAGAAAUAGAGAGAGAGAG